CGGGGCCUGAGGGGCCCCAUGGCCGCGGGCCGGGGACAUGGGCGAGCCCGGCGGGCACGGGCCGGGACACGGACCGGGACACGGGCCGGGACACGGGCCGGCAUCGGCACCGGCAUCCAGCGCACACGGACCGCGGGGCCGCGGCCGCGCUUGGGAGCGCGGCGCCCCCGCUGAGGAGGCUCCGGGCACGGAGCCCCCCGGCCCCGCUGAGGAGGGUGCGGAGCCCCCCGACCCGCGUGAGGGCUCGGGGCACACGGAGCCCCCCGGCCCCGCUCGGGAGGGCCCCGGCACGGUGCCGCUCCACCCGCGGGGGGAUGCGAAGGACACGGAGCCCCCCGGCCCGGCGCCGCCCGGCCCGCAGGAGGGCUCGGGGCACGCGGAGCCCCCCGGCCCCGCGCGGGGCGAGCCGGGCUCGGAGCCGCUCGACCCGCAGCAGGACGGGGAUGACUCGCCCCCGCCCGGCCGUGCGGAGCUGCCGCUGGUGCCCGCCGAGCUCCGCGCGCGGCUGCUGGACCCCCGGGACUACCGGCGGCGCGCCCAGGCGGUGGAGCAGCUGCGGCGGGCGCUGGAGGGCUGCAGCCCGGCCGCGCUGAGCGCCGCGCCCGCCGCCGCCCUGCGCGGGCUCAUCGCGCUGCUGGACGCGCUGCUGCGCGACCCCAACUUCGCGGUGGCGCGGGGCGCGCUGGAGGCCACGCGGCUGCUGGCGCUGCGGCUCGGCCGGAGGGUGCCCGCCGUGCUCGCCCCGCUGGUGGCCGCGGCCGCGCGGGCGCUCGGGGACGCGCAGCCCGCGAUGCGCCGGGACAGCGCCCGGCUGCUGCUGCGCCUCAUGGGCGCCGCGGGGCCGCGGGCCGUGCUGCGGCUGCUGCUGCAGGAGCGGCUGCUGCGCCACCGCAGCGCCCGGCUCCGCGAGGAGCUGCUCAACACGUGCACGGCCGCGCUGCUCACCUACCCCGGCGAGCAGCUGGACCUGCCGCAGCUGGCGGCCGCGCUGGCGCCCGCGCUGCUGGACGCGAAGCGCAGGGUCCGGCACGCCGCGCUGGAGGCGCUGGCGGCGCUGGCCGCGGCCAUGGGCGCCGGCGGGACACAGGCGCUCUUCAGCGCCGUGGGCGCCCUGGAGCUGCGGGCGGGCGGCGCGGGGGCCGUGCGGGCCGUGCGGGCGCGGCUGGCCAGGGAGGCACUGCCCAGGCUGGGCGAGCAGGGAUUCGUGGAGUACGGGCUGCCCCUGCCCUCCGCCGGGCACUGCCGCGGGCGCUGCCAGCCCCCCGGCGCCGACACCGAGUGGCUGCUGAUGGGCAGCAGGACGCAGAGCGCUCGCUGCGGGUGCCCCGGCGGGGAGGAUGCGCCGCACGGCCCCGGCUCCAAGUGUGCCGAGCAAGGGAUGAGCCCCAGGAGAGUCCUGAGCGCCGGGAGAGGGAAGAACAAGCUGCCGUGGGAAUCCGAGCUGGCUGGAGACGGGGAAGGUGGCUCGGGAGUCAGGAUGCCGUUCCCGAAGGGUGUGGAGCAGUUCUCUGCAUCCAGUGAUUUCCUUCACUCCCCGAAGCUCCAGCCCUCCCAAGGAGUCCCAGCCAGCCAGGAGUUAUUUUUCAGUAGAAAAAGAGCUUCCAGGACUUUAUUGCAGAGCGGUGUGGAAGUGAACUCUGGGAGUUCUGCCGUUUGUGCUGGUGCUAUGGGCUCUCACCAGCCCCAAAUUUCAGGGAAGUGUGGGACACUUGGAUACCCACAGGCACGUGGGAAGAGUGGCAGUGUGGACUCGGAGUUACAGCUUUUGGGAUUGAACAACUGUCAGCAGGACAAAGUUUCUUCCAGCCUAAAUUUUCCCAGCAAGACCCAGAGAGGGUUUUGCACUCAGGCAGAGCCCACCAUGUCCUUCCAAGGCCUCAGUGCCAGCCAGGGCACCUUCAUCCUGCCCUGCUACCCCCUGUCCUCCCCCAGGAACAGCCCCAAGCACCUCUCCUCUCCAGCUGCAUCUCCAAGGAGGGCCCAGGACAAUCCCAUGAACCUCUCCAACUCCUGGCCUCGCAAAAGCUUCGAGGGGCUGCCUAAGCCUGGCUCCCAGAAGCAGCUGCUCAGCCCAAAGUCGGGAGACAACACAGGGGAGAACGUGCUGGAGAAACCCUCCCUGCAGCUGCAGCCCAGGGUGGUGAGACCCCCCCUGCCCCGGCGGGGCCUGCCCAGGGCCCGGCCCGUGCCCCCCAUCCCGCGGCUGGGCAGGGCCGGGGCCGGCCAGGACGCCUGGCUGGGGCAGCUGGGCAGGGAGCUGGCAGCGGGGCUGGCACAGCUGCACGUGGAUGCCGAGGAGGUGGACCAGGAAGAGAUGCAGAACUCCCUGCGCUCCCUGCGGAACAGCGCGGCCAAGAAGAGGGCCAAGCUGAGCAGCAGCAUCGCAGACCUGGAGAGCCCCGACCCUGCAGUUCAGCUGGAUGGCUCCGGGGACUGCCCCUCCCAGGGCUCCUCCCCCAGUGAGAGUGGCAUCUACAGCCAGGAAUCCCUGCCCUCCCCCGUGCCCACCCUGCCCCGCGGGAGGAGAGUGAUGUCAGACACCUUUCCACUGCUUGGCAGCAAAUCCCCUCCUGCAGAAGGAUCUCCAGGGAGGAGCAGAGAGCCAGGCGUGGCAGAGCAUCCCUGCAGCACAGGCCUUGCAGAGCCCGUGGCUGGUUUUGCACUGAUGGAUGAUCUGGGUUUCCUGUCUGGGGACACCGUGGUGGUUGUUGGUAAAGGUGUGUUUGGGAGCCCCCCUGCCCGUGCUCACAGCCAGUCCCUGCCGUGUGUGGCCAAUGGAGAUGAGCAGGGGGUCAGGGAGGAGACUGAGCCAUCCCCAGGGAUCCCUGGGAGAAGCUUCCAGCAGAACAGUGCUUCCCAUUUCCAUGCUGACAGUGAGAGAGAGAUAAAAGUGACCAUGUCAAAAUCUGCCCAGGAUAAGCUGAGGAGGAAGAGAAAAGAAGAAAAAGAACUCAAUCACAAAGAGCAUCAGGAAGGCAAAGACCUGGAAGGGAAGGAAGAGAUCCCUUGGGAAGGGCUUAGACUGAGUAUGAGUGAACCAGAGAGACUGACAGCAGAAAGUGAGGAUGAGGGGUUUAAUCUCUGUGGGGAUAUUUUAACAUCGCCAAGAAACGGAUCUUUGUCCUUAGAAAAUGUGGCCUUGAAUCCUUCUCUGAGAAGAACAUCCAGUUUGAAGAGGUCAAAGUGUUCACCCUUGCUGGAUUCUGCCGCGGGGGUGCUGUCACUGCCUGUGGAUGUUGUGCCCGCAGACGAGGCGGCGCGGGGCCGGCCCAAGGAGCAGGUGACGCACAGCCCCGAGGUGCUGGACCCCUCGGAGCUGCAGCCCUUCCCCAGGCCCGACACGGCCCUGGCAGAGGCCCUGGCACUGCUGGCUGACGACGACUGGGAGAAGAAAAUUGAGGGUCUGAACUUUGUCAGGUGCUUGUCUGCCUACCAUGCCCCUGUUCUGACUGCAAAGCUCCACGAAACAAGUUUGGCUGUGGCUCAAGAGGUCAAGAAUUUACGCUCAGGUGUUUCUCGAGCUGCUGUGGUGUGUUUAGGGGAUUUGUUCACCCACCUGAAAAAGAGCAUGGACCAAGAACUAGAUAAUGCAGUAAAAGUCCUUUUGCACAAAGCUGGGGAAUCCAACACUUUUAUAAGGGAAGAGGUAGACAAGGCACUGAAGGCCAUGGUUAAUAAUGUGACUCCAGCACGUGCACUUUGUUCUCUUAUAAAUGGAGGGCAAAGCCACCUGCACUCUGCCGUGAGGAGAUGCACAGCCCAGCACCUGUCGGAGCUGGUGGAGCGCCUGGGCCCCGAGCGCGUCCUGGGCGGCCCCAGACCCGCGGCCGAGCGGCUGCUCCCGGCCAGCGCCAGGUUUGCCCAGGACAGCUCCCAGCAAACACGGUACUAUGGUCGGAGGAUGCUCUUCAGCAUGAUGGCCCACCCUGAGUUUGAGAAAGCCCUGGAGAGGUACAUCCCAGCCAAGGACUUGCCUUACAUUAAGGACUGUGUUGGCAGCCUACGUGAGAAGGGUCUGGGGGAGAUGCCACUGGACACACCUUCAGCCAAAGGAAGACGUUCCCAGACUGGCAGUGUUGGACAUUUGAGGUCGUCCCCCACUUCCAGAGAUGCUCUCAGUGUCCCGGACAGGGACACCACAGAGGCCCGUGAGGUCCCAAGGAAGGCAGCUCCUCGUAGUGCCCUGGAAAGUGAAGAGUAUGUUAAAGAUAUUGUGGGUUUGUUGAAUGCCAAAGACUUCAGAGAGAGGAUAACUGGCAUCAGGCAGCUGCUGCUGGAUACAGAGAACAGUCUAGGCCUGGUGGUUGCAAACCUCGUGAAGGUCUUUGAUGCUUUCAAGUCUCGCCUACACGACUCCAACAGCAAAGUGAACCAGGUGGCUUUGGAGACGAUGCACAAGAUGAUUCCACUGCUCAAAGACAAUUUGUCACCUGUGAUCAACAUGUUAAUUCCUGCCAUAGUAGACAACAACCUCAACUCCAAAAAUCCAGGGAUUUACGCAGCUGCCACAAAUGUUAUCCAGGCUCUGUGUCAGCACUUAGACACCUCUCUGCUCCUCCAGCCCUUCUGCACAAAGGCCCAGUUCCUGAACGGGAAAGCCAAGCAAGACCUGACAGAAAAGCUGGCUGACCUGGUGAUGGAGCUGUACCCACGGAAGCCCUACGCUGUGGAGCAGAAGGUCCUGGCUGUGCUCUGGCACCUCCUGGGGAACACGUCCAACAGCGGCUCCGUGCCCGGCGCCUGCGGGAGCCUCCGGACGGCCACGGCCAGACUGGCCAGAGCACUGUUUGCACAGAUGGGGCCCAGCCUGCUGGCCCACGCUGCGGCCCAGCCAGCCCACAUCAGGAAGGCUUUGGAGGAGCUUCUGGAGACAGGAACAUAAAAUCACCGGCGCUGAGGGUGAAACUCCACCGGCCGCCUGACCCGGGCACGCGGACGGGGCUGCGGGACAAGGCGGGAACAUCCCUGUGUCGCUGAUCCACAGGGCUGGAGGGAGCUGCUGGGAGAGCCCACGGAGCUGGGCUGGGACAGUCUGUGGGGCUGGACUGGGCUGUGCUGGGACAGCCUGGCUGAGCGGGGCAGUGUGAGGCUGGCUCCCUCCCUGCCACCUGCACGGCCAUGGAGGAGUCGUUCCAGCCCGUCUGUGCUUCCCUUCGGAGGAUCCAGCCCAGGCCCCUGGAUUGCUGGUGAAUAACCACACAUGGUCACAUCAGCACCAUGCUUUGCACAGAUGAGUGGAGGAGAACCCUGGGCACAGGGAUGCAGAACCACAGUGUUCUGUGUGCUGUUUGUGAAGAACACGUAUUUUUGUACCCCCUCAGGCAGUUGUGCAGUGUUGGCUGGGCAGGAGGCACCAUUCUGGUGGUCCUUUCUCCUUCCCCAGCUGCAAGCUCUGUACGCAUUGGACAUGGGACCCGAUGGGAUAAAUAAAUAAAGGGAUUUAUUUCUGUAAA